AACUCCUUGGAGGCGCUUUACACCGGAAGCUAUUCUGUUAGCCUCAAGCGGUUGUUAGCGUUGCAGUGCUGUCGUGGUAAACAAAAACGUUUAAUUUAGGGGUGUACCCCUGUGUUGGAUAUUCCAGAAACAAUUGAGAGCCUCAGUCAGCAUGGCCUCUCUGUUGAAGCACCUGGUUACAUCCCUGACUCGACCAGCAGCCCAGAUGACCCUAUCAGCAGAAAGUGCCUACAGACGUCUCUGCACACUCACUCUUGCCCCUCGUUCACUGCUACUAUCCCCAGCCAGGAUCAACUCCAUCCCGCUCCCCUCGUCUGUCCUCUCAGCUCAGUGUGGACCAUCUCUAUUGGGACAGUCCCAGAAUCUUCCAUGCAUCCAGCCCUCUAUGGGGAUGAAAACCAAAUCAGCCUUGAAGAAGCGCUGCAAAGACUGUUUCUUUGUGCGAAGGAGGGGACGCUUGUUUGUCUUCUGCAAGACACAUCCCAGACACAAGCAGAGGCAGGGUUAGGUUGUUGGGAUGUUUAGAAAUGUGUGUUAUGGCUACAAAAACUGUGCCGUCAUAAUAAAUUACCUGCAAAAGGUUUGUGCUUUCA